GCUUUAGUCGAUUUUAAAAAUGGUCAGUUUGGUUGUCCAAAAGCGUCUCGCUGCCUCCGUCCUCAAGUGUGGUAAGAGAAAGAUCUGGCUCGAUCCCAAUGAAGUUAACGAAAUCUCCAAUGCCAACUCUCGUGCUAACAUCCGUAAGCUCGUUAAGGACGGUUUGAUCAUCCGUAAGCCCGAAAUUGCUCAAUCUCGUUUCCGUGUCAAGGAACGUAACGCCGCCAAGCGUAACGGUCGUCACAUGGGUCACGGUAAGAGAAAGGGUACUGCCAACGCUCGUAUGUCCAGCCAAGUUAUCUGGAUGCGCCGUAUGCGUGUCCUCCGUCGUCUCCUUGCCAAGUACAGAGAAGCCGGUAAGAUCGAUAAGCACUUGUACCACCAACUCUACCUCAAGUCCAAGGGUAACGGUUUCAAGAACAAGCGUGUCUUGAUGGAACACAUCCACAAGGCCAAGGCCGAAAAGACUCGUGCUAAGACUCUCGCUGAACAAGCUGAUGUCCUCCGUGCCAAGAACAAGGCUCUCCGUGAACGUCGUUCCAACAAGAAGGCUGAGAAGGUCGAAGCUUAAAUAACAUUUUAUUCCUUAUUGAUUGCUCUUUCUCAUCACUUUAUAAACGAAUGAAGUCAGUUAUACAGAAACAAACUCACUGACCACACUGAAAUUUUAGUCGAUUGUUAUUCUGUUUCACGAUUGAGUUUGGCACAAAUUGUUGAUAAUGGAUAAGUGAAGUGGAUGGUUAUUUUCAAAGCGAUCUGUUUUUUCAGUGACGAUAUAAUACAAUGAUCUUUGUUGUAAUUGAAGGUCACUGUAUAAUAGGAUAUAUCGACAGAAAUUUUGACAAAAAGAAUGAAUCGUUUUGAGAAGAUUUUUCCUUUUUUUCCCUGCUAAACCUA